UGUGGAUUGGGACACCCUUGAGACCUGCUGCCGGCCCUGAACUGAGUUAAAUACAUUUUCGUAAUUCUUACUCUGCUUCCUCAGCAGCCUUCCUGGCACUGCAGUGGCGGCUCUUUCUGUGGCGAUGGACCGGCUUCCAGUUUUGAAGAAGCACAUAGGGGAUUCUCACCAGAAAGCCAUGUUGGGACCACGGCAGAGUCUGCCGUGUAUCGCGCCACUGCUGAGCACAGUGGAGGAGACUCUGAGCACCGUCUCUGCUCAGGUCCGAGGACACAUUCCUGAAUGGCUCAAUGGCUAUCUACUUCGAGUUGGACCUGGGAAAUUCGAGUUUGGAAAGGACAAAUAUAAUCAUUGGUUUGAUGGAAUGGCUUUGCUUCACCAGUUCAGAAUGGAGAAGGGCACAGUGACAUACAAGAGCAGGUUUCUACAGAGUGACACAUACAAGGCCAACAGUGCUGGAGAUAGAAUUGUGAUCUCAGAAUUUGGCACACUGGCCCUCCCUGACCCAUGCAAGAAUAUCUUUGAACGUUUCAUGUCAAGGUUUGAGCAACCCACGAUGACUGACAACACCAGUGUCAACUUUGUACAGUACAAGGGUGACUACUACAUGAGCACUGAGACCAAUUUUAUAAAUAAAGUGGACAUUGAAACUCUGGAAAGGACAGAAAAGGUGGACUGGAGCAAAUUUGUUGCUGUGAAUGGAGCGACUGCACACCCUCAUUACGACCCAGAUGGAACAGCAUACAAUAUGGGGAACUCCUAUGGACCAACAGGUUCUUGCUAUAAUGUUAUUCGGGUUCCUCCAGAGAAGAAAGAGCCUGGGGAGACGAUUCACAGAGCACAGGUGCUGUGUUCUAUUGCUUCCAAGGAGACAAUGAAGCCUUCCUACUACCACAGCUUCGGGAUGACAGAAAACUACAUAAUCUUCAUCGAACAGCCUCUAAAGAUGAAGCUGUGGAAAAUCGUCACUUCUAAAAUCCGGGGAAAGGCCUUUGCUGAUAGCAUAAGCUGGGAGCCCCAGUAUAACACACGAUUUCAUGUGGUGGAUAAACACACCGGACAGCCCCUCCCAGGAGUUUACUACAGCAAGCCUUUUGUUACCUUUCACCAAAUCAAUGCCUUCGAGGACCAGGGCUGUAUUGUGAUUGACAUGUGCUGUCAGGAUGAUGGGAGAAGCCUAGAAGUUUACCAACUACAGAAUCUCAGGAAAGCCGGGGAAGGGCUUGAUCAGGUCUACAAGUCAAUGGCAAAAUCUUUUCCUCGGAGAUUUGUCUUGCCCUUAGAUGUCAGUGUGGAUGUCCCAGAGGGAGAGAACCUCAGUCCGCUGUGCUAUUCUUCAGCCAGCGCUGUGAAGCAGGCGGAGGGAGAGAUCUGGUGCUCUCCUGAAAAUCUACACCAUGAAGACCUGGAAGAGGAAGGGGGUAUUGAAUUUCCUCAGAUCAACUAUGGCCGAUUCAAUGGCAAAAAGUAUAGUUUCUUCUAUGGCUGUGGUUUUCGGCAUUUGGUGGGGGAUUCUCUGAUUAAGGUUGACGUGGUGAACAAGACACUGACGGUUUGGAGAGAGGACGGCUUUUAUCCCUCCGAGCCCACUUUUGUUCCAGUGCCAGGAGCUGAUGAGGAAGAUAGUGGGGUUAUACUUUCUGUGGUGAUCACUCCCAACCAGAACGAAAGCAACUUUCUCCUUGUCUUGGAUGCCAAGAGCUUUGCAGAACUGGGGCGAGCAGAGGUGCCUGUGCAGAUGCCUUACGGUUUCCAUGGCACAUUUGUGCCCAUCUGAUGCCACGACCAUGAGGUCUGGGAAGCAGGUUCCAAGGAGAGCACUCUACCGAAGAGAGAGAAGAGUGGGUCUUACCCCCAAACUAUUGUGCUUUGGACCUGACCCUGACCCCCACUGACUCAUAUUUGGAAUGCUUGUUCCCAGCUUGUGACACUAUUUUGGGAGGCUGUGGAAACAUUUGGGGGUGAGGCCCUCUAGGCACCAGAGACCAGCCUUUGAAGUCCCCCAUUCUUUUAUGCUCUUUCUCUGCUUCCUGGUCCACUACAAUGUGAAUAGCCUUCACCCUAAGCGCCUCAUCUUUCAG